AAGGAUAUUUUGUUCCUUAUCCAUUCUAAAGUUCUGAGUGCUAUUUACUUAUUGCAUUGCCAUUGCCAAGUAAUGGCGCUACUACGUCUUGUUUGCUUAACUUCAACAAAUCAGUUAUCAACUCAAUCCACCUCUUUCUCUUUUCUUCGCAAAACACCCCAUUCUCAAUACAUCCAUAUCAAUCCCUCUUCCUUUCACUUUCCACGCCUAUCCCUUAUCGCAACCACUCUCACACACGCCCAACAACAAACCCAACAAGCCGACCCUGUUGUCGCCGAAGAAGAAUUUUCUCGCACCAGGUUACUCGCUCAGAACGUGCCCUGGACAAGCACCCCCGAAGAUAUUCGCUCUUUGUUCGAAAAACAUGGAAAAGUCCUCCAAGUCGAGCUUUCUAUGUAUAAGAAAAACAGAAACCGGGGUUUGGCCUUUGUCGAAAUGGGUUCCCCAGAAGAAGCACUUGAAGCUCUCAAUAAUCUCGAAUCGUAUGAGUUUGAGGGUCGUGUAAUCAAAGUCAAUUAUGCUCGGCCGAAAAAGGAGAAAACGCCGCCCCCUGUGAAACCAAAGGUGGUGACGUUUAACUUGUUUGUUGCUAACUUGUCCUAUGAAGCGAGCGCCAAAGAUCUCAAGGAGUUUUUUGAUUCUGGAACUGGUAAAGUUGUGUCUGCUGAGGUUGUGUAUCGUGAUAAUCCUAGAAGGCCGUCUGGUUAUGGAUUUGUGUCCUACAAGUCCAAGAAAGAAGCUGAGGCUGCUCUUGCUGAGUUCCAAGGAAAGAUUUUUAUGGGAAGGCCAAUCAGGGUGGAUCGGGGUCGGCGAUUUGUUCAACAACCAGGGGACGGGAGUGCAAAGUCUGAAGAUACACCUUCUGAUUUGAGUGUGAAUGGGGCAAAAGCUCAACAACCUGCAGAGGGCAGUGCAAAGUCUGAAGAUACUCCUUCUGAGUUGAGCGUGAAUGGGGAAGAAGCUGACAAAGUUGAUUGAUAUCAGUUUUUCCCUGAUGCAUAUCAAUAUUAUUUAUGUUAUUAUGUGUUUUACAGGUGGUUUUCACCUUUAUUUACCAGAGGCUCGUGAGAUACAAGGAGUUGAUAGGUGUAAGCCCAAGCACUUCCGUGAUUCAAGAAUCCAUUUAUCUUGAUUGCAUAAUUUGACAAUUGUUGGCAAGCUACUAUAUCUUAAGAAAGCGAGAAAUAUAUGUAUAUCAGUGGUGAUGUUGUUUGCAUCUUUGUUGGUUAGUGCCUAGUGGUUACUUCACAAGAACAUGUGUAUGCCAUUCAAUAUUUUUUUUCUUUAACUUUAAUAAAUAUAUUGAGUAGUUUAAGGAUA